CGAAAAUGAAAAGCUCAGUGAUUUUUUUAAUAUCCAGUGCUCUAUUGGUCUCUGUGGUUCUGGGAGGAUUCUUCGAGGAUGUACAGAGCACAGCAAUUACUUGUCUCACUCAAACCGGCGCGGACUUGGGAAAAUUGCUGAUGAUGUUGAGAGGUCAACAGGUCGUACCUGAUGAUAAAAUAAAAUGCUUCGGGGCAUGUCUCCUGAAAUCCCUAGGAAUGAUGUCAGGUGGGGGUAAUGUUGAUAAAAAUGCAGCAGCUGCUAAGAUACCACUGAACGAACCCAAACGAGAUCAGAUGAUCGCAGCAAUCGAUCAGUGUUUCGACCAGAGAGGAACCAACGAAUGUGAGACUGCCUUUGCGAUUAUGGAAUGCCUGCGUACCAAUCACCUCCAGGCAUUACCGGCGUUUGGAUGAAAUCCUGUCUCCAAUGGAUUGAGUCCGGACGAAGAAUUUGAAAUUAUCAAUUUCAUAAAUUUACGGAAGAAUAAAAAUCCGAAUUUGUUAACUAAAAACUAAUUAUGGGAUAGGAAAAAUAUAAAUAAUUGUAA